GAUAUCCUGUGCUGUCUGGGUAUAUACCUCGUCAUAUUCAAGUUAUAUUCUGAAUUGUUGGAAAUCAUAACUGUUGUGCUACACUUGAAUGAAAUUGAAUUGGAAAGUUUUAAUUGAAAUCAAAGGAAACAUGAAUUGGACGACUCGCAAAGCUUUUCACAAUUUAUCAAGUCGUCAACAAUAUAAUCGUUUAUGCACUCGUAGAGGAUUCCAUCUUUCUGUAGAUAAAACACACUUACAAAAUCAAAAUGAAAGUAAUAAUUUCUUAAUUUAUUCAUCUGAAAAAAAUCAUUAUCAUGUGACUUGUGGAAAUUUGGAUAGUGAAACUAAAGAGAAUUUAGCUUCCACUACUUACUUUGAAGAAACAUCUUUAGACUUUUCAUCACAAACGCCGAGUGCUCAUGAUAAUGUAGUAGAAGAAAUAAUACACGAAGAUUCACAACUUCAAAAUAUCGAAAUAGAUUGUUUUGAAAACUUUCAAAACCUUUUACGACAAUGCUGUCUGGACAUGAAUAUAAAUCAUCUUCAGACUGAAGCAAUUUUAAGAGUACUUCGUUCGCAUAAAUGUUUUCGGAAUUUGCCAAAAGAUAGCAAAACUCUUUUAAAAACAAGCCGUGAUCGCAUUAACUUUAUACCGAUUGGCUCAGGUGUAUAUUGGCAUAUUGGUUUUGUAAAACCAUUAGAAAAGCACCUUUCGUUUUACGCUGCAAAUGAAAUUCCACCUGUUCUAGAAAUAGAACUUAACACUGACGGUUUAUCAUUAAGUAAAAGCAAUCCUAUGCAAUAUUGGCCUUUACAAUAUAGAGUCAUUAAUAUUCCCUAUUUCAAGCCAAUGAUUAUAGGUGUGUACAAAGGACUUGAUAAACCUUGCAAUGUAUAUAAAUUUUUUGAAAAUCUUCUUAAUGAGGUGAAAGAAGCUAAUAGACUAGGAGGAAUACUAAUACGAAAUCAUCACAUUUCUAUAGUGUUUAAAAAUUUUGUUGCUGAUGCUGCGGCGAGAGCUUUAGUUUUAAAUCAUUAUGGACACAAUUCUAGUAAUCCAUGCUCUAAGUGCAAAGUUAGUGGUUUCCGACAUGAGAAUCGAACGGUUUACUUGGGCAUUAAUCACAAAAAGCGAACAAAUGAGCAAUAUAUAUAUAUUGUGUGGAUGAAGACAAUCAAAAAGGAAAAAGCGGAUCUUGGAAUACCGAUUGUCACAAACGUACCUUUUGAAAUUAUGCAUCUGGUAUACCUUGAUGUUACUAUGAGGCUAUUAAAUGCAUGGUAUGAUGGCAAAUUUGGAUAUGCAGCGAAACUACGUAGCUCAGAGCUUAAUGAAAUGUCUUCACGAUAUGUAGAGUUAAACAAGUUUUGCCCUAACGAAUUUGCUCGUCGUCCUAGAUCUCUUGCAAAGUUCUCUAUAUUCAAAGCGACCGAGUUAAGACAUUUUUUUUUUAUAUGCAGCACCAAUUAUUUCGUUCGGAAUUCUAUCAGAAGAAUUUUAUUUUCAUUUAUUAUUGCUUAAUGUAGCCAUGAGAAUAGUCACAUCAAAUAAAUAUUUGAAAAGGCAAUUAAAAACGGCUGAAAAAUGCUUAAAUGUUUGUUAUACAUGCGGAACAUCUUUAUACAGCGAGCUUUGUAAGUUACAAUGUUCAUGGAUUACAACAUUUAGUUGAUGACGUAACGGAAUUAGAAUGUCUAGAAAAUUGUUCAGCAUUCGUUUAUGAAAAUAAUAUGCCGCUUUUUAAAAAAAGUAUUAGAAAUCAUCCACGUCCACUUGAGCAAUUUGCAAAUCGAUUACGAGAAAAAAAUUAUAUACAACGUGCACCUGAACGUAAUCCUGAGAUUCAUCGCCUUUCAGCAAUACACACAAAUGGUCCUAUUCCUGAAUUUAUUAAAAAUACCAAUUUCAUACAGUACAAAAAAUAUUACUCAAAUAAAUUUAAUUUUGCAGUAGAUGAUUGCAAUAGUUUCUGCAAGAUCCGAGAUAAGUAUGUUUGCAUAAUUAAAAAUAUUUUGACUCUAAAUGAAGAUGUUUUUUUUGUUGUACAAACUUUUCAAAAUGUUACAAAUUUUUACGAAUUGCCAAUUCAGUCUUCAAGUGUCGAAGUUUAUAAAUGCAAAGAGUUAUCAAAAGACUUACAAUUAAUCAGUAUAAAUUAUGUAACUGCGAAGUGCUAUAGUAUGCCAAGUUGGUCAAAUUCAUUCUCUUCAACUAAAAAAUCAGAAAAAAAUAAUGAUGAAUAUUGUUUCUAUUUUGUUACACUAUAUUAAGUAAUUUUAUAUUGUAAAGCCAAAUUAUAUACAGAGUGUCCCAUUUUAAAUAAUACACUCAAAUAUCUCUGAAACGGUGCGGUAAAUAAGAAAAUGUUUUAAACUAAAGUUGUAUGGUCUGAAGGGGGACACAUAAUAAUAUAAAUUUUUGAAAAAACUCAAGGUGAUAUGGUGAUCAUCAUAAUUUUUUUUAAUGGAACUAUAUGAUUUCUAUUACAUAACAUGAUGUCCUUGAUUAUUCUGCAUAUGUGCACUUUGUUUAAAACAUUUUUUUAUUUACCGCACCGUUUCGAAGAUAUUUGAGCGUAUUAUUUAAAAUAUGACACCCUGUAUAACGCGAAUGUCUUAUUAUAUUUGCAUAACAAAUUUUAGAUUUAUAAUCUGUCAAUGUAAAUCCUCCAAUAUAGUUUAUUUUUUGUACCUCAUAACUUUAUUAAAUGUUUUUCCAUUACAAGAUAAAAAAGGAAGAACUAUAUAUAUAUUAUAUAUAUGUGUGUGU